CCUGGGUGGAUACGGUGGAGACAAAUGAGACUCUGGUGACAGAGUUUGUUCUCACGGGACUUACAGAUCAUCCAGAGCUGCAGGUCCCCCUGUUCCUGGUGUUCUUGGUGAUCUACUUUGUCACCAUUUUGGGGAACCUUGGACUGAUUGCUCUCAUCUGGAAGGACUCCCAUCUUCACACACCCAUGUACUUAUUCCUUGGUGGUUUAGCCUUUGCAGAUGCUUGUACUUCAUCCUCUUUGACUCCCAGGAUGCUUGUCAAUAUUUUAGACAAGAGUCAAAUGAUAUCCCUCUUUGAGUGCAUGGCCCAAUAUUAUUUUUUUGGUUCCAGUGUAACCACAGAAUGUUUCCUCCUGGUAGUGAUGGCCUAUGACCACUAUGUUGCCAUAUGCAACUCCUUGCUUUAUCCAGUGAUGAUGUCCAACAGACUGUGCACUUGGUUGGUAAGUAUUUCAUAUGUAAUUGGUUUUCUGCAUCCCAUAAUUCAUGUAGGAUUAUUAUUCAGAUUAACCUUCUGCAGGUCCAAUAUAAUACAUCAUUUCUACAGUGAAAUCUUGCCACUAUAUACAAUUUCUUGCACUGACCCAUCUAUUAGUGCAUUGGUGGUUUUUGUUUUUUCUGCUAAUUAAAGCUUUUACUUUAUAACAAUCAUAGUCUCUUAUACGUGUGUCCUCUUUGCUAUCCUGAAAAAGAAGUCUGAAAACAGCAGAGGCAAAGCCUUCUUCACGUGCAGUGCCCAUCUGCUCUCUGUCUCUUUGUUCUUUGGCACUCUCUUCUUGAUGUAUGUUCUUCCUGGGUCUGGUCCAGAUAAAUAUCAGGAAAAGAUGUAUUCACUGUUUUACACGAUUAUAAUUCCCUUGUUAAACCCCUUUAUUUACAGCCUAAGAAACAAGGAAGUUUUAGCUGCACUGAGAAAAGUCAAAAAGAAAUAA